GUCGCCUCAUUGGCUGCAGAGCUUGCUCUGCCCUGUUAUGUAUUCUGUCCCAAUCAGUGGUUCCUUUAAAAAGUCCAACAGCAGAGAAGAGAACGUCCUAACUUAUUACGUCUGGGAUUAAUUGACCUUACGAAAGGGCAGAACAUUUUGUUGCAGAGUUUUAACAGGGACCAGCUGGUAAAGCGAUACACGACAGUUACUUGCUUGGUCUUUAUUUGUGGUUCUUCUCCGACUCAUUUUACGAGAAGGGAAGCUUUCGCGCUUGGAGCUGUAAACUGGAGACGAAAUGGUGAGUUCUACUCUGCAAAUCUUCAGCCUGGUCCUGGCAGUCAUUGGCUUGGUCGGGACGUGUGCGGUGACCGGGCUGCCCCAGUGGAAUGUGACCGCCUUCAUUGGGAGCAAUCUGGUGGUCUUUGAGAGGAACUGUGAAGGUUUGUGGAUGAGCUGCGUUCAGCAGGCAACUUUUCGGAUGCAGUGCAAGUUGUACGACUCGUUCCUGAUCCUGAGGCCGGAGCUGCAGGCUGGCCGUGCGUUGAUGUGCACUGCCGUGGCGCUGGCUUUUCUGAGCAUCCUCGUCGCUGCCAUGGGAAUGAAAUGUACUCGCGGUGGGAUUCAGGAUGAACAGGUAAAAAGCCGCAUAUUGAUAGGCGCUGGAGUUCUGCUGAUCCUCACGGGAAUUGUCGUCCUGAUCCCCGUGUCUUGGACCGCCAACAUAAUCGUUCGGAAUUUCUACGACCCGCUGGUUUUGGAAGGAAUGAAACGUGAACUGGGCGAAGCCCUGUACAUCGGCUGGGCGACUGCCGGCUUCCUGUUAGCUGCAGGGGCCAUCCUUUGCUGCUCGUGUGUGAAUGGACAGAAACGGAGUUACAGUUAUACACCUGGACAACAUGGGAAACAGCCCCCAAAACAGACAACAAAGAAAAUCCCCAGCAUGUAUUCCAAAAGCGAAUUUGUCUAAAUCAUUUGAGAUUCGCGGUGCUUCAGAAACUUACCAAUCCAAAGGAUAGAACCUAGGAGUGGUUAAAGCGACAGCGAAAUGUAGAGAAGCAUCAUCCCUUCAGGUUUCGCGGUGAAAUGUUGGGCUUUACAUCCUUAUCAUUGUCAUCAUUUUUAUAAAACUUAUUCUGUCCAAAUACCUAUAUUUUGUGAUCUUUGUAAAACAUCUCUAAAGCAGUUUGAUGGAUGUCUUUUUUAUAUCAAAGUUAGUUUUAAAAAUUAAAGUGUGUAUCUAUUCAAAUGUUUAAAUAUUUGCUGAGUGCAACUUUACAGGUAUCUUUAAAAAAAUGACUUACAUAUUCUUGCAAAACUGUUAGGGUUCAGUGGGACAUUGCUUUAUUACAGUUGGAGACUUUUUGAAGCAACACAUAGUCUUAUGGCAUUCUGUCAACUGAAUAUACCGGCGUUUCAAAACUUUUUCUUACAUAUUGAGUUUUCAUUUUAAAUAUUUCUGUGAAUAAUGCUCAUACA